ACCACAACAGUAGAUUGGGAAAAUUUCAAAAUGGAAAAAAUACUGUAAAUAUCAGUAAAAAUUUUGAAUAUAAAAUUGUUGUCCGUGAAGUAGGCCAUGCUAUGGGUUUUGUUUUUGAAAACGAGCCAGAGUAUGAAAAGCUCAUAAAUAAAACAGAUGAAAAUUCGGAUAUGGUUUAUCAGUGUCCAAGUUGUGGAAAAACACUGCAAGAGCCAACUGGAACUUUUGGGACACCUGUUGACUCAAAUAAUUCCUUGAUCAAAGGAAAUGGUACUGAAAUAUGUGAAUAGAGAAUAUCUGGCGCUCGCAGUGAUAAGAUAGUUCUGAAUAUUGAGUCGAUGAAUAUUUACAAGACUCCGAAUUGUACGGUGGACUACUUUGAAGUUAGAGACGGAUACUGGAGUGGAAGUCCUCUGAUAGGUCGUUUUUGCGGGAAUGAAAGUAUACCGCCUAUAAAAUCCCAGAGUGAUCGUAUGCUGAUGACAUACGUAAAAACAAGCGAUAAAAAAGAUUAUUACGGCUUUAUGGCAAGUUAUUACAAAACUUGUGGCGGCGAUGUUGAUAUAAAUAAUAACUUUGUGUUUCUGGAGUCACCUAACUUCCCGGACAACUAUCCACCAAAUUCCCAAUGCGCUUGGAACAUCAGCUAUCCACAGAAUAACACACUUCGGAUAAUUAACUACUUCUUUAACACUAAAGAGUCCUCAGGAUGUGAGAAUGAUUUUCUCGAAAUACGCGAUGGUUUUAAUUUUGACUCUUCUCUUAUUGGACGAUACUGCAAAACUCAUAUGUCUUCUAGGACAAACGCGACUGGAGGGAAUGUACAGUUCAAAUUUUCCGGUAAGACUCCUAUUAAAGACUCGGGAUUUAGUAUCUUGGUUAGAGCCACCGAUAAUCGUGAAAAGAAAGUAGAAUUGGAAACGGAGAAACCGAUGCCUGGCUCGGCGAGUCAUCAAGUUUUUAGCUUGGGCUUUAUAUUUUUAAUUUCUUUAGUAUCAUUAUUAAAUUGAAAAUUUUUGUUAUUGAUUUGUCAAAUUUUCAAGAUUAA